AUGUCAGCGACUCGAAAACAAGAAAGAGACUUCACGGCUGAGGUGAAGGCCUUACAGCCUGAGGUCGAGCAACUUGCCAAAGAUGGGAAAUUACAAGAGGCAAUAGAUCUAAUCUCUUUAUUAGAGAAGCAGACUCGAAACGCCGCAGAUAUGACUUCGACAGCAUCACUUUUAACUCUACUAGUUCGAUUAUGUUGGGAACAAUCUGAUCUUGAUACACUCAAUUUGCAAUUGACCAUCUUAUCGAAGAAACAUGGGCAAUUGAAGGAAGCUGUAGUAAGAAUGGUCGAUGAAGCUAUAACUUUCUUACCCAAAUUAAAAGAACAAAAGGAUCAAGGUAAAUAUAAAGGUGGAAAUGAUAGAUGGUUGGAAUUAGUAAAGACCUUGAGGGAUAUUACAGAGGGAAAAAUUUACCUUGAACUACCAAGAGCAAGGUUGACCGUCAUGCUCGCUACUUAUCAUGAGCAACUAUCCGAGAGCGCUCCUAAGGAAGCAUCGACAUCUACUGCCCCUGCUCCAACAGCCACCUCCACCGAUAAAGAUAAACCCAAACCUGAACCUGUAACAGCGAAAGAUCACCUCGAUGUCGCUGCCGAUUUGAUGUCAGAUAUUCAAGUGGAGACUUACAGCUCAAUGGAUAAGCGAGAAAAGACUGAAUUUAUUCUUGAACAAAUGCGAUUGGAGAGUUUGAGGGGCAAUUGGGUCAGAGUACGAGUAGGGUCGAGAAAAAUUAACAGGGUAUACCUAAAGGAGAAGGAUAGUCAAGAUAUAAAAUUACGAUAUUAUGAUUUAAUGGUUCAAUUAGCACUUCAAGACGACGAGUACCUGGAAGCAUGUUCGGCAUAUCAAGAAGUCUGGGAUACAGAGGAGAUCAAAGCUGAUCCAGCAAAGGAAUUGAAUGUCCUCGAGAACAUCAUGAUUUACGUCGUUUUAGCUCCGUAUAACAACGAACAAUCAGAUAUGCUGCAUAAACUAUACGGCGAUUCUGCAUUGCAAAAAGCACCUCAGCACUACGAGUUGGUCAAAUGUUUCGUCGCCAAAGAACUCAUGAGAUGGUCUGGUAUCGAACAACUAUACGGUCCGACAUUACGUCAAUCGCCAGUGUUCGCAUCAGGAAUCAGAUGGGAAGAAUUACACAAGCGUGUCACCGAGCAUAACAUAAGAGUAAUAGCAUCAUACUAUUCUCGAAUCACUCUCACGCGAUUAACGGAAUUACUUGAUUUAUCAGCUUUGACAACAGAAAGAACGCUAUGUAAACUGGUAACGGAUAAGACGGUUUAUGCCAGAAUCGACAGACCGAACGGAAUAGUCAAUUUCAAGCAGACCAAAGGUACAAAUGAGAUCUUAAACGUUUGGUCAGGUGAUAUAGGUAAAAUGUUAGGUUUGGUCGAGAAAACUAGUCAUCUGAUUUCGAAAGAAUACGCAAUGCACGAAGCUAGUAGAGGUAAGAAAGUAGCGGCGUGA